AGAGCCACCAUGGGGCUCUGGGGCCGCGCCGCCUAGGGAGCCGAGGGCAGGGCUUUUCUCGCGUGCGCCAUGGCGGCCUCGGAGCAGUCUCAGGUCGAGCUGCAGACGGCGCGGAGGGCGUCUGCGCCAGCGGCCGAGCAGGCCCCCCAGCAGGCAGCGCCGCCUGGGGAACCCCUGCUCGUUGGCUCGGGGGUCAGCUCGCCGUCGCGGCCGCCCCUCGCUCGCGCCGUGGCGUCCGAGCGAGUGCGCGUGGGCCCGCACCGGAUCCAGACCUGGAACGACGACCUCUACGCGCAGCUGCGCGAGCGGGACGGCGUCCCAGAAGGAUUUCUGGAAUCAUUGGACAUAUCCAGGCAGAUCUCCAAGGAUCCCUGACCAUGACUCCAAGUCGACGAGCCCGAUCGUUAUCACGCAGGACGAGCAGUUCCUCGUGAAGGGGCUGACGGCGGUCGACCACCGCUCGCUGCUGCAGCACUCCGCCGCCUACGCGGCGAGACUGCUGGGAGGCG